AUGGUGGUGGUGGCGCUCGACGCCACCCGCGACCACCGCGAGGUGGAGGUCAGGAUGUCGCUCAGGGCGUUCGUCGCGCGGGGCGACAUACUUCGCGGCGGCGACUCCCUCCUCGUGCUCGGCGUUCUCCACUCCGUCACCAAUCCGAGAAUCUACGAUCUCAGUGCAGCAACUUUACUUCUUUUGUUUCUUGACAGAUAUAUCAGGAGACUCGGUUUUGAAGGAGGACAUAUUGUUGAUCCUGAUCUGGUAGUUUCUACUGAUGCAUUAGACAGUUGUCUUCUUUUUUUUGUUAAUUAUUAUGCACUUACACCUAGCUUUGUACAGGGAGAGUUGUUGUGUCCAGUGUGUCGCAGAUUUGCAAAUUCCAUUCUUCCAGCAUUGCCCGAUUUCUCUGGUAUAACUAGGAAGGCGAUGCCAAUUGCUGAAACCACGCCUACUGAGGCUGCUGCAAGUAUACAUAACUUACAGUCCCCUCGUGCACUGGCCCUCCUUGAAAGUGCCAGAAAAAUUGUUGGACAAAGCACAUUUCUAAAAGCUUUUCCUGGGAAUGUGAAUGACACUGCGGAGCCAGCUUUAGAUCCUUCCCUUCGAAGACUCACUAUGCUUUACUAUCCUCGCAGCAAAAGCAGCUUUUCAGCAUCUGAAAGGCUAAGCCCAUCCUUGUUUCUCUGGGAAACACUUCGGUACUUUGUCGUUUCUACAGAGAUCGCUUCUCGUGAUAGAAUGUCAAACUAUUCUGCUCAAUCGAAGUCUUGCUUAGAAUCUCUGCGCAGCGAAUUGAAUUCAUCGAGUGGAUUCAUAUUGUCUCUAUUGUUUCGUGUUUCUCACUCUGCACGUGUUCUGAACCGCCGUGAGGUUCUUCUGAGAUUUGAAGGUAUCCAACUGUUAGCAGGGUCUAUUUGCUCUGGUAUUUCUGGCGAUAAAGAUCUUUUGGAUGCUACUAAGCGAAAAGGCACUUCGCUACCUAUGGUUGACCCGGAAAGUGAGGGUGAAAUAUUUCCUGAUAUUCAAUUUUGGAAGCAGUGUGCUGAUCCUGUCGUGGCUCAAGAUCCAUUUUCUUCAUUGAUGUCAGCAUUUUUCUCCCUGCCCAUUGAAGUUUUGACCUCCACAGAAUUCUUCAUCCCUAUUGUUCAUCUAUUCUACAUUGUUUGUGUCAUUCAGGCACUGAUAACAUGCUAUGGACAAGAAGCUUUUGACAUAUCAAUCUUCCAUGGCUGCCUUCUUAACGAUGUUUGCCAGGAGAUGUCAGGAUAUGAUAUUGCUAGAGAAUAUUUUGUAUCUAAGCACAUCGGUCCCUUUUGUGAAAAAUGCCCAAUCUCAAUCUAUAUAAGAGAGAGCUCGGGGCAGGGCCUUGUCGCCGGCGACGCGAGGCCGAGGGGCGGUGUGCGGGCACGAGGAGGCAAGGUCGAGGAGGGAUGGCGCGUGGGCGUAGGAGGAGAAGGAGGCGGGGUCGACGAGGGUGGCGUGCUGGCGCAAGAGGAUGCUGGCCGCCGGCUUCCAGUAGGGGCGAGGAGGCGGCGCACGUAUGCGAGGAGGCAGGGUUGA